AUGGUCAACGUCGGUCAUGGAGUCAGUCUGCUAAGUCAAGGCACCGGGUAUGGAAUCAUCAUAGGCCUUGGCGUUCUCUUCGCCGCCGUCAUUCUCAUUGCAGUGAAGAUCCAAAGAUUGUACCUAAUGGAAGACUCUGGGCGAUCCGAGAUGUUCAUGGUGGCAAAUCGAUCCGUGGGCACCGGCCUCACCUGUUCAGCAGUCUUCUCCUCGUGGAUGUGGAUCAACGAAACCGUCUUUGCCUCCGUGGUGUGCUACCAGUACGGUCUCGCGGCACCAAUGUGGUUCGGGACAGGUCUCUCCUUUCAAGUCGCCUUGAUGGCCGUUCUUGGUGUCUUGACCAAAUUGCGGGUACCGCAUGCUCACACGUCGUUGGAGAUCGUUCGAAAACGAUACGGCAACUUGGGCCAUGUUGUGUUCGCCGUGCUCAACCUCAUCAACAAUAUUUUCGGGUGCUCUAGUAUGAUACUUGCUGGAUCACAAUUAGUUGUGGGCAUAACAGGCAUGCAUCUAGCCGCUGCAACGAUUCUGAUCCCCCUUGGAGUCGUUCUGUAUACUGCUGUUGGCGGAAUCAAGGCAACCUUUCUCACUGACUUCCUUCACACCACCAUCGCUGUCUUGUUGAUCAUCUAUUUCACCUUGUCGGUCCUCACGAAUGAGCAUAUCGGAGGACUUGAUGGUCUCUAUGAUAAGAUCUCUGCCAGCGCUGCGCAGCACUACGUUGUCGGAAACUAUGCAGGCUCUCUGUUGAGUUUCAAGUCAAAGGGCGCUAUCAUGUUCGGUCUCAUUCUCAAGUUCGGCAAUCUCGCCCUUGUGAUUAUGGACACUGCUUUUUGGCAGAAGUCCUUUGCCUCGGAAGUCCAGUCCACGGUUCCAGGCUAUGAUCUCGCCGCCCUGGCAAUUUUUGCGGUCCCAUGGGGUCUAGGAACCGUGAUGGGUCUUUCGGCAAGGAUCAUCGAUACCCUGCCAAUUUUUCCGACGUAUCCAGGAACCUUUACCGCAGACGAAGUUGCCUCGGGUUUUGUUAUGCCAUACACGAUCAAGGCUUUGCUGGGAAGCGGCGGCACUGUCGGUAUGCUGCUCCUGCUCUUCAUGGCCGUCACCAGCACAGUCUCGUCAUCAAUGAUUGCUGUCAGUAGUAUCAUCUCAUUCGACGUUUAUCGCACCUACAUCAACCCCAAGGCUACUGACAGGCAGGUGGUCAAUGUAAGCCAUCUUGGUGUCAUCUUCCACGGAGUCUUCAUUACAGGAUUCGCUCUGAUGCUGAAUUAUGGGGGCGCAAACAUCUCCUGGGUAAACUACUUCUCACCCAUCCUCACCUGUCCAGGUAUCUUCCCUCUGAUAUUCACGCUCAUGUGGUCAAGACAAUCCAAGCUUGCAGCGAUUGUGUCCCCAAUACUCGGCCUGGUAAGUGGCGUUAGCGUCUGGAUGGGCACGACCUAUGCCAUCUACGGAGGGAUCUCGUUCGCUACAACCGUGGAGCUGGCGCCGUGUCUCUACGGCGCUAUUGCGUCGCUCUUCUCGCCGGUGUUGUAUUCGAUUGUCAUAUCACAUCUCAAACCUGAGCACUUUGACUGGCGCGAAUUCUUGAGGAUAGAUCUUGUCGAGGAUGAGACGACGCUUUCAACCAGCAGCGCAUCGUCUCCAGAUGACUCCAUCGCUGCCCUGUCGACAGGUAAAGACCAAAAGCAACGGGAGAAGACGAGUGUAGCUCCUGCCAUUUACGAAAGCCCCCAGCUAAACACCGUCGUACCCGGAUCCGCUACACCAUUGGUCGACCUGGUACACCCUCUUGACGAGGAAUCCCUCCGCCAUCUACGUAGAUGGUAUAAGAUUGCGUGGAUUUUCCUUAUCUUCAUUAUCGCCAUCACCUUCGUCGUGUGGCCGAUGCCGCUGUACCGGGACUAUAUCUUCACCAAGCCGUUUUUCCGCGGCUGGGUGACAAUGGCGAUCCUCUGGCAAUUCUUCGCUCUUUUCGCGGUGGUGAUCUACCCGGUAUACGACGGGAGACACGAAAUUGUCAAGUCUGUCCGGGGAGUGGGAACGAGCUUGAGAAAACGCUUUGCAAGCUAG